GACGUCUCGGCCGGGGACGCGCUGUGCGUCUGCGGGGGUUGGUUGUCGUUGCGGGGAGUUCCGCCCCCUCGGCGCCCGGCCUGCGGGACCAGUGGCGGCGGCGACCCGUGGGGAGUCGUUGGUCGAAGGCGGCGGCGCGUGGCUGACCGAUGGGGAAGCCAUAGGGAGUUUGUAUCAUGGCAGCAGAUGAGGAUGGACUGGGACUGUUUGAUACCCACUACGGUGCUGAAGCUUCCCCCUUCAAGGAAGGUGAUGAGAGCUCAGUUGAUAUUUAUGAUGGCUUGGACAACAGUUUGACAGUUCCUGUUGAUUUUCUUUCUACAGACAAUUCUGCUCCGAAUUCUACACCAGCUGGAAACAGCUUAAAUUUAUUUGAUGAGAUAUUAAUUGAAGAAGGGACUGCAAAGGAGGCAUCCUACAACGAGUUGCUGGUAGAAUAUGGAAAAUGUCAGCAGCAAAUAAAAGAGCUGAUGAAAAAAUUUAAGGAAAUACAGACACAGAACGUCAUUCUACAGAAUGAAAAUCAAGCUCUCAAAAAGAAUAUUUCAGCACUUAUUAAAACAGCAAGAGUGGAAAUUAACCGUAAGGAUGAAGAAAUCAAUAAUCUCCAUCAAAGGCUAUCAGAAUUUCCCAAUCAUCGUGGUUUCACCAGGACAUACCUUUCAGGGUCAACUAGUGGGAGGUGCUCAGGGAUGUGUAAAACUAAAGAUUCCAAAUUCAGAUCUUCUGAUUUAGGUGACAGUGUAAAGAUGGAGCACAGAAUGAAAAACGACUCUUCAAAAGAUGCGCAUCACAGUUACUCAUCUCAUAAUAUGGAAAAUGGGAAGUCUAGCUCUGAAAAAAGAAACACUCCGUAUUUACUGAGAUACCCUCCUGAAGAACUCUGCAAUGAUGAGACUCAUGUAUGUCUUCCGAGCUAUGACCAUUGUUCCAACAAGGAUAACAGAAAGGAAAAAAAAGAAAUUAAAAGUAAUGAACAGUACAGUAGGGGAAAUAUCAACAAGUACAAAAGAGAAGUACAUCAGAGCACCAGAAACAAUGGUGACAGUGACGACGGGAAUUCGGAUCCUCAGCAAAAGCUAAAAACCCUUUCAGAGAAGGCUAGUAAAAAUGAGCUGCAACAAAAAAGUCAGAGUGUAAAACUCAAAUGCAGUCCAAGUGUAGAAAGAAGAGUAGAAAGGGGUGUUUCUUCCUGGGAGAAACAAACUACUGAUAAAGACAGGUUUCAAACAAGAGGUGAAUUGUGUGUUGAUGAGAGAUCACAAAACGUAUUAAGAAAGGAUAUUAAAACACAUGAAAAAGAUGAAAAAAAUGCUGGCCAAAAAAAUAAACCGAAUGAAAAGCUACAAGAGCAGCUAAGGAGAUCUGGUAGAGGGAACAGUCCACACUCAAAGAAUGAACAUUCAAAGAAUCUUCAUGAAUCACGUAAAUGUCGCAUAGAGGAGUCUAGAAAAGGAAAAGACAUUGACUGCAAGAGAGACAGGGGAACAAACGAUCAUACUUCUCGAGAAGGAAGGACUUCACCUUCUAAUUCCAGCAGCAGAGAGCAUAAAUAUGCACGAUUGAAGGAAAAUAGUAGUAGGUAUGAAUGGGAAACAGCACAUUCCAAAUCAGAAAGACACAGAACUGUAGAAAAAAGGAAAAGAGAGGAUGAAAGUAGACAUUUUAGAAAUGAAAGAAAAGUUACAAAAGAGAUAACUCACCAGUCUUUAAAAGAAUCCAAGAAAGGUAUGGAUGUUACAAAAAGUGAGCGAAACAAGUCCUACAAGUCAGAAGAAACAUCCAGAGUAGCAGAUAGCUUAAAAGACCAUAAAGUUCCCAAAACUAAAGAUUUUGACACUGGGUCAAAAAGUAAAGACUUAAAACUUAGCUUUAUGGAAAAACUAAAUUUAACUCUUUCUCCUGCUAAGAAACAGUGUGUCUCUCCAACUGAUGGAAUUAAAACACCUUCCCAGAAGGCCACUCAUGAGGGAAGUACAGAGCUCAUGCUGCAGGCAGAACUCUUAGAUUCUGCUCACCUUGUUAACUGUGGUCCCACAAAGCGAAGUAAUUCAACACUGCAAGUUCUGGACAGUGCAGCCCAAAGCAGUGUGGUGCCAGCAAUGCCUGUUCCUGUCAAUUCUGAAAAUGAAGCCUUAAAAGUAGCAGCAACAGAUCCAGCACAGUCUGAAGAAUUGCCAACAGUGGCAAGUAGUAAACUGAACUCGGAAACCUUACCAGAAGCAGAAGUGGUUCCGGUACAGCCCCGAGCCUUACCAAGACCAGCAGAGGUACUGGUUCCUGAUGAGAUGCAGGCUGAAACAUUUGCAGAAGCAGCAGAAGCUUGUGAUCUGGUUGAAUCGGAAGCCUUGGCAGCAGCAGUGGCAGUGACAGAUCUAAAUCACCCUGAAUCUUUGCCCCAAGAGGUGUCUGGGACCAUGGCAGAGCCUGAAAACUGGUCUGUGACAGUGAGUGUGAUGCAGAAUGAUAAUGCACCACCAGCAGCAGAAUUGGCACAACCUGAAGCUGCCAGUGAAAGUACAGGAGCCCUUCCGGAGUCAGGGGCAGAGAAGAAAGAAGAAGAUAAAAUAAGUCUAAUUGCUGACAUAGAAAGCUCAGCAGACCUAUGUGGCUCUCCAAACCUUGUCUUGGAUAACUCUGAAGCCAAAAGUUCUGGUGACCUGGAGUCCUGUGAUGUCGCAGAUGAUAUUAGUGAAACAAAAACAGACUCUUUAAUGGAAGUAGUGAAAGACAAUGACCACUUGGCUGCAGAAAAUGCUGAGUGUCCCACUGAUGAAAAGGGUAUUUGCGAAAUUGAUAAGAAUACAUCUCAGUUACUUGACAGAACUAUGUUAACUAAUAAGGAUGAGCCAUUAGCUGACCAGAACGCUUGUGAUCUGGAGCCAGACCUCGCUGAAAUCAGUACUGAAGCAUCUUCUGUUAGUGGAGAGACAUAUCCUAGAACUAAGGAGAGAGAAACUAACCCAGUUCCUCUUGAUGAUGACAGCUCAAUACUGAGCAUUGAUCUCAACCACUUGAGGCAUAUUCCAAAGGCAAUCAGCCCACUGAACAGUCCAAUGCGCCCUUUGGCUAAAGCACUUAAGAUGGAAAGUCCCUGCAAAGGUCUUGUGAAGAGUUAUAACAAAGAUUUAAUUCCUGAAAGUGCGGUUGUUGUCUGUCCCUCAAAGAAUUUGUCAAAGGAGGUAAACAAAGAAAAUCAAAAGCCAGUUAACAUGUCUGAUGAACACUGUGAGAUGGAGUCCCAGAUGAGUAUCUCUUCAGAUGAAAUAGAAGAAGGAGAAAUCAUAAGUAGUGAUGAAGAGGAAGAGAAAGCUAAACCAGAAAGAGGCUCUGAAAAUACAAAAAAGUCAAGACCAAAAGCUUCUCCUGAGACACGGAAUUUGACCAGCAGUCCACAAAAUCAAAAGAGCAAAGCUGUGCGUUGCACGGAAGAUAAUGGAAAAUUUGUUUCUGUGAAAGUAAGUACAAAGAAGAACAGAGAGAAGAAUAAAAAUCAGACUCUCAGAUCUUCAAAAGAUAUGAAGAAAAAUAAAACUGUGAGCAUUGCUUGUCUUGAAAAAAUAGUGCAUGUUAUUCUUGAACCUUCAAAUAUACAAGAAAUCAUGCAGAUGUUAAGAGCUAUACGAAAACAGAUGAGGAAAAGUUAUAUGAAGUUCAAGGUACAGUUCCCAGUUCAGCAUUUUCACAGAAUUAUAGAAUCCGGUAUCAUAAAUUUUACAUCGUUAAUAAAAUACUUGAACUUUUCUAAGAUGUCUACAGUAGGUGAAACAUUAAAAUUGAACAUCUGUGAUAUUGUUGAGUCCAAAUUGAAGCAAGUUAAAAAGAAUGCAAUAGUGGACCGUCUUUUUGAACAGCAAGUAUCAGAUAUGAAAAAACAGUUGUGGAAAUUUGUAGAUGAACAGCUUGAUUACUUAUUUGAAAAGAUAAGGAGGAUUAUAAUAAAACUAUGUGAUGUGAGACAUGUGGGAAAUGAGAGCGAGGAAAGGAAGUUUGAAAGAGUGGGAAAGCAAAAACACAAGAUCAGUCAUAAAAAUGAUAUGCAAAGGUCUAGAAAAAAGUCUCUGAAAGUCCAACCUCAAAAGCCUGAAGAAUAUAUCCUUUCAAAGCAAAAUGUGGAUUAUCAGCGAGCUAAGUGUCACCAUGAGAAAAAUAAAACAGAUGUGCCAAAACCUGCCUUUACAAAAUGUCUCAACUCCAUUGAUAACACGAGGAAUUCCCAAACCAAAGUGCACCUCUCUAAAGAGAAUAAUUUGCAAGGCCCUCUCACUCCACUGAAGGGUGUGAAAUAUGAAAAGGAAGGAUUGCAGCUAUCCAGAGAUGCUAACAAGACUGAUCUUAGUUAUGAGCUUCUCACAGAACAACAAGCAUCCAGUCUUACAUUUAAUCUUGUAAGUGAUGCUCAAAUGGGUGAAAUUUUCAAAAGUUUAUUGCAAGGUUCUGAUCUCUUGGAAAAAAAUGGUAGCAAUAUUGACAGAAACGAGUGGGAAUUCAGGACUCCAGAAAAACAGUUUUUAGAUGGUCAUAAAUGUAGAAGUAAUGUUGCUGAACUGGUGCAAGAGAUUGUUCCAAAGGAGGCUUGUGCAGAACCUCAACCACUCGAUAUUAAGUGGCCUGUUAUUUCACCUGUAAGAGCUCCCUCUUUAACAUCUAGGCUUCAGAUGUCUGUUGAUCCUAAUGUACUAGAUGAAAGCUGUAUGCUUGAGGUUCCUACAAAUGCAGCUUCAUGCAAAGAAGAUGAAUGUAAUUUACAAAAGAAUAAGUCAUUUGUUUCUUCAAUCCUCCUUGAAGAUUUGGCUGUUUCCUUAACUAUUCCAUCACCUUUGAAAUCAGAUUCUCACCUCAGCUUCCUAAAACCUGAGAAUAAUUCUAGCUCAACUCCUGAGGGUGUUCUCAGUGCACAUUACAGUGAAGAUGCGCUUCUGGAAGAGGAGGAUGCCACUGAACAAGACAUUCACUUGGCCUUAGAAUCUGAUAACUCGAGCAGUAAAUCGAGUUGUUCAUCAUCAUGGACGAGUCGGCCUGUUGCUCCUGGUUUUCAGUGUCGUCCCAGCCUGCCGAUGCAAGCAGUAAUCAUGGAGAAAUCCAAUGAUCAUUUUAUUGUAAAGAUCAGGCGUGCAGUGCCAUCUAUCUCACCGGCAUCUGAUCGGGUGGUUUCAGUGAAGGAGGUGCGAGCAUCUUCAACCAAGAUUGAAAAACAAGAAAUAAGAAGUGGGGAAAAAGAAAGGGACAGUCAGAGUACCACAGUAGCUGUUGUGCAAGAAAGUGUCAAACCAGAUCUGGUUAAGAUGGAUCAGUUGCGUCAUGUCAGCACUGAACAAGAGCAAAAUCCUGCCUUACCUCAGCUUCUAAAGGAGUCUCAUAGCAGUAUUGGAAAGGAGGAAACCACUGAGAGUCUGGGACCCUGUACAAUAUCUUCAAACACAGAGAGCCAUGACACUGAAAGCACAAAUGAAGGAUCUGAACAAUCUCAGGCACUCAAAUUGAAAGUAUCUGAAAAUGUAAAUGAAAUGGGUGUUAGAUCUCAAGGUUCUUUUCCUUAUUCCUGCAGUAUAGAGUCAUACAUAGACUUAACAGAUGAUAUGGUUAGUGAAACUUCAUGUGUGGUGGAAUCCACUAGAGGUAACAGGACUCAGGAAACCUCUACCAGAAACUUGGAAAUUAGUGUUAAAAAGGAAGAACUGGAAGAGUGCUCUGAUGCAUUUAUAGACUUAACAGAAGACCUUUCCAAUGAGACUGUAGCAGGUAAAUGUAAUCUUGAAACACAAUCCACUUCCAGUACUGGGGUAGGAUGCCAGAUAAGUAGAGAUGAUAAAACUAGCAAAAAAAGGAAAAAGGAGGCUGUCAGAGAGAAUUUCAACUCAAAAAGGCAACGAAAAGAAACUGAAUCAGCAGUUGAAGGGAGCGAUGCGAGUGAUGUAAAGCCUGAAGAGGUAAAUUCAGCACCUAAACAAUGUUCCAGUAAGAAGAAUGAAUUGCAGCAGCACAAAGACUCUUCUCCUUUGGCUUCAUCUGCAUCAUCACCUAGUCUGUAUGCCAAAAACAUCAUUAAAAAGAAGGGAGAAGUAGUAGUUUCCUGGACAAGAAAUGAUGACCGAGAAAUUUUACUGGAAUGCCAGAGAAAAGGACCAUCAGGCAAAACCUUUGUUUCCUUAGCCACUAGGCUGAACAAAAGCCCAAAUCAGGUUUCAGAAAGAUUCAAGCAGUUAAUGAAGCUAUUCAAGAAAUCCAAGUGCAAGUAAACUUAACACGAAGUUACUUCAUGGUUACAGGGUUUAGCUGUUACCAGCAACAACAGACUACAACCACUACAUUCAUGUAAUGGGAUUAGUGGGAGGUAACGAGGUCAGAAUACCAAGCUUGGUAAAUCUGAUGCACUUGAUUAUUUACUUCCCUGUCCAUGUUUCCUCUAAAGUGCUUUAUCAGAAUAGCACAGAAGGAACUUCACAAAGAAACUGUCUAGAAAAGAAUGGGCACAUACAAAUGGAGCACUAUCAUUUCAAGGGGGUGACAUCUCCUGUUGGUUAAAUAUGUUUUAUAAAUAAUGACAAGGGCGUGCUGUCAAGUGGAAACAGUGGCUCGUGCUUAACUUAUUGGAAGUACUGCAUGUGGUGACUUUGAACUAUAAUUUUAAAAAGUAAGUGUGCUUUGGAAUCCAAUUGGUAUUCCUGGAAAAUGACUAGUAUGUCACCUUGGUCACAUUGAAACAAAUUUUAGGAAGUUAGGCCUUUUAAAGGCAGCAGAGCAAUGAUGAUAAUGAUUCCGUAAGAUGCUUACGUAGUAACUGCAUUCUGAUGUUAAGGAAUAGGUGGUUCUUGCUGCUUUCUCAGCAGCUUGUAGUGGGUUACAAGGAGCGAAUCUGGCACUGUGCGUAGGGUUUGUCUUCGAUCUUAAGCACAUUAUCAUCUACAACAAACUGUAGUUAAAAACAUUUUUCAGUUCUGAUGGUAUUUUAAAAUAAUUUUGGGUUGGGUUUUUUUUCCCAUGAAUAAGGUAUUUUUCUUUGCAAAAGGCAAAUAUGUUUUUGUGUUCCAAAUUACAUCUGGGAAUGGUACUUAAUUUAGGUCUUCAACAUAAUAAGUGCUCUAUUUUUGUUUUAAAAAAAUAAAAAUUGACAAAUGAUUUUCCUUUUAAACUUAAUUUAGAAACAGACCUUUGCAGUUUUAUAAAAUGUGACUUUAUACUUUCUAACCAGGAGAAAAACUUUUUUGUAAAAACAAGCAGUUUCAAAAUCUUGUCAACUUGGCAUGUUUUGACAGCAAUUGUAUCUCAUCUUUGCAAAUUGUUUAUUACAUUAGAAAUUCACUAUGUUCUAUUUUAAAGAACUCUUAUGAUUGCUUCCAGUUUUACUAGCACGUAGUAAAAGUGUGUAUGUAUACAUAUGUAUACACACACUUCUCAUUUGCUGCUUUAUCCUAUAUUUCUAAAAAAGCCUUGGGGUUGUUUAUUUUUUAAUUCUCUCUAAGAAACAUUCCUGGACGUUGCACAGGUUUUCCUGUUCUGAAUUUGUUGAUGUUUGAGGUUUUAUUCUUUAUUGAGGAUCAAAAUUGCUGUCAUCUUUAGUCAGUCAGAACAUCUGCUGAGUUAUUUAAAUUUCAUCUAAGAGCCCUACCAAAGUGCAUUGCCUUUCAACUUGAAUUAAAUUAGCUUUUUGAUGGAAUCCAAUGACCGCAGCUUCAGUUUCAACAUAAUGGCUUUUUGCUCCCUUCCCAGCUAACAGGACAGAGUUCUUAUUCUAAUAAAACAUCAGAUAAUCGGUUGGUGAUGUUGCCACUGACACCUUUGGAGUAUUGUAAAUGUGACCUAUGGAAUGGAUUGUCAAGCUGCCAAACAGUGCAUCAUCCUCAUUUUAGGCAGUGCUCUGGAAACUUACAAUGAAUGACUAGAGUAGGCAAUGAUGUCAGUUCUGGCAGUCUUCCAUCUUAUGUACUUGCUUCUAAAACAUUUGCUUUUGAUGAUCAAAUAUCAUAUUCCAUGCUACACCAGAAGCAUCUAGUGUUAUCAGUGGGUGAUUGGUAUCCCCUACCCGUGCUUGUUCUUAACGUUGGUGACAGUUAUUUACUCAGUGGAGAAUUAAAUCUAACCGAAGCUGUUCUCACAACUGCCAGUUGGCAGAGUAGCUUUCAUGUUUGUGGAAAACCAGACUCUACUGAGUGUUUUAAUCACAUCCUUAGAGAUCAAAGUGUGCACUGUACUGAAGGCACUGAGGAAGUAGCCUCACUCCACUCAAGCGCUUCCUCUUUGUCUCAAAAAAGCAGGCAGUAUUUUAUUGCAAAGUUGUUUCUUCCUUGUCUGUUUAUUUACUUUCUUAUCUGUACAGGUGAUGGGGGAGGCCUGGGUUUGACUGGUUUGGUUCUGACUUGGAUUCCUUUUUUGUAAGUUAUGAAACUUUUUUUAAAAAGUUCUGUUGUAAUUAUGUGUACAGGUUCCUAAUGUAAAAUAUCUCAUGGGUGUAUAUAUAUAUGUAUAAAUAUAUGUAUAAAUAUAUGUAUAAAAAUAGAGCUUUGUUUAGCCAAAGAUGAUUUUUUUAACUACAUAAAGUUCCAGGUUUAUUUUGUAUAAACUACAUAGUUUGCUUACUGUAAGAGUGAUGCAAAGAAUAAAACUGUAAAAUUCACACAUCUGUGCCCUUGUUGAACAAUGGUUGGCUUGGACUGGUUUUGUACUGUUGUUUGUAAUUUAUUUCUCCAAGAAGACUUUUGAUACAUAUAUGCAAAAUGUACUGUAUGUAAAUCUACAGACUUACUUGUGAAACCUCAGGUAAAUGAAAACAUCUAGAAUGGUUGGUUAAUGCCUUGACAACUACAAAUGCUGUGAAGCGGCAUUAAAAUGGACUUCGGCUAGUUUGUAUAAAUGAGUAGCUUUGUUGAUAUUCCAGCCAAUAAACACGGAAGUAAAUCAG